AUGUUUACACCCGUACAUACGUCCCUGGGCGCUUUGCUGCUCUUCCAGAGUUCCUCGGGUCUUCUCCUUCAUAAUGGCGCGGUUUUUGGCAUUUCGUCCCUUCUGUCGGGUUCGGUUUUGCGUCCGUCGAGAGAUAACGUUCCCAUCAUUGCUGGGUUGUUGUCUAGUGUCAUCCCGGUUUACCUCUUCGUGCCUUCGUUGAUACCGCUGUAUCCGCCGGGUCCGAACUCCUGGGCAUCGGUGGCCUCUACGCUUGCGACGGGCUUCUUGUUGGGUUGGGGGACAAAAAAUGGUCGAGGGUGUACAUCUGGCCACAUGCUCUGUGGUCUCUCUCGCCUGUCGCCGCGCUCCUUCAUCGCAACGGCUAUCUUCUUCACCACCGCUCUGCUAACGGCAAAUUUCGCCUCGGGGGGUCAGAAUAUCCCGCCUUGUCCGUCCGGAGUGCCCUGUUACACUCCCGUAUAUCCGUCAACAGCGGAGCUCAUGUUCAUGAUCGGGACGACCGCUCUCACAUUCGUCACCAACUGGCUCAUCGUUCCCCGGAGAAUGGAUAGAUCAGAGAAAUCGAGAACACUCUUCUCUUAUCUGGCAGGGCUGCAAUUCGGCAUGGGUCUCUUCUUCUCCGGAAUGGCGAACCCAGCCAAGGUUUUGCGUUUCUUCGCCUUUCCAACCGAUUUAGCCCGUUUCGAUCCUUCGCUGGCGCUCAUAAUUCUCUUUGGAAUCGGACCGUCGCUCAUUACCUUUUUGACCGCGAAGCCGGGACAGAAGCUCGACAGUCUGGAUGGUAAACGGGCAAAGCCCACAUUGGCAGACGGCUGGAGACUCCCAACAGCCACUGUGGCGGACAUCGAUUGGAGGUUUGUCGCCGGUGCAGCGGCCUUUGGGGUUGCUUGGGGGUUACGGGGAGUGUGUCCAGGUCCUGCGGUACUUCGUGCAGCCCUGCAGCCGGCAUGGGGCCUUGUCGAAAUGACUGGGUACAUGUUGGGAAACCUGGUAUAG